AAACCCUAAACCAACCGACUCACUUACCUUACCUCUGAUUUCAAUUUCAUUUUCCUCAACUCUACCACUAUGAACCAACCCAGAUCCGAAAAUCUCUCCUUUCCCAAAAAUUCUUCCAUCUUUCUCCUCAAUUUUCCUUCUUUACUUGACCAAGUCUUACUUCUUUCGUAAUCAACAAUGUUGAUCUGAAAAAGUCCCCUGUUUUUGUUAGAUCUACACAAAAAAAAUCUCACCUUUUCCUCUUCUUCUUCUUCCAAAGAUCUGAUUUUGUUUCUGGGUUCUUUAAAUUUCGAAACUUUCUUACAAAACUUUCACUUCUUUUCAUCAAUUUCGUUAUUUAGAUACUAAAGUUCAAAUCUUUGCAUUGUGGAAUCGAAAAAGGUUGAAUCUUUAUUUGAAUUAGUUUCUGUGAAGAAGAAGGAAGAAGAAUCAAAUUAUGGGUUGUAUUUGCUCAAAAGGAGUACGAACUAAUGAUGAUUACAUUGAGACGAAUCAUGUAAGUAUUAGUAAAGAGAAUCCUAAAGCUUCAAAGAAACAAUCUGAUUCAGAGGAAACUAGUGUUAAUGGAAACGAAGCUACAUUGAGGUUAAUACCUGAUGAGACCAAGGACACUUUCUCUGAUGAGGAAGUGGAGGAGGUGGAGGAGAAGAAAGAGAGUAGCUUUGAGAUGAAAUCUUGUGAAUCAGUGUUGCAAAAAGGAAACGUUUUGGAGAUAGUUGAUAAUGUAGGACCAUUGCAGCCUAGGAUGAGUAGGAUUGGUAGUGUGAGUAAUGGAGAUAGAGCUGCUAAAGUUAUUGCUGGUUGGCCUUCUUGGUUAGUUUCAGUUGCUGGUGAAGCUAUUAAUGGAUGGAUUCCUCGUAGUGCUGAUUCGUUCGAGAAGUUGGAGAUGAUUGGGCAGGGGACGUAUAGCAGUGUGUACAGAGCUCGUGAUCUCGAAACUAACCAGAUUGUUGCGCUUAAGAAGGUUCGGUUUGCUAAUAUGGAUCCUGAGAGUGUGAGGUUUAUGGCAAGAGAAAUCAUUAUUCUUCGUAGGCUUAACCAUCCAAAUGUUAUGAAACUCGAAGGGCUAAUCAUUUCGAAGGCUUCGGGAAGUAUGUAUCUUAUAUUUGAAUAUAUGGAUCAUGAUCUCUCUGGCCUUGCUUCAACCCCUGGGAUUAAGUUCUCACAGGCACAGAUUAAAUGCUAUAUGAAGCAAUUGCUGCUUGGGUUAGAACAUUGCCAUAGCUGUGGUGUGCUGCACCGUGACAUCAAGUGCUCAAAUCUUCUGCUUGAUCGUAACAAUAAUCUCAAGAUUGGUGAUUUUGGUCUCUCUAAUUUUUACCGGGGCCAACGAAAGCAGCCUCUUACCAGCCGUGUUGUGACAUUGUGGUACCGCCCACCUGAACUUCUGCUCGGGUCAACAGACUAUGGAGUUACAGUUGAUCUGUGGAGCACAGGAUGCAUACUUGCUGAACUCUUUACUGGAAAGCCCCUUCUGCCCGGAAGAACCGAGGUAGAACAAAUGCAUAAGAUCUUUAAACUCUGUGGAUCACCUUCUGAGGAGUAUUGGAGAAGAUCACGCUUACGGCAUGCAACCAUCUUUAAACCUCAACAUCCGUACAAGCGAUGUGUAGCUGAUACAUUUAAGGAUCUUCCCUCUUCAGCUUUGGCCCUCCUUGAGGUUCUUCUAGCUGUAGAACCAGAUGCACGUGGAACCGCAUCUUCUGCCCUUCAAAGCGAGUUCUUUACGACAAAGCCUUUUCCAAGCGAGCCUUCAAGCUUACCGAGAUAUCAGCCAAGGAAAGAAUUUGAUGCCAAGCUUCGAGAAGAGGAAGCAAGACGACGGAAAGGUGCGAGCACUAAACAGAAUGAACCGAAGCGGUUGGCUAGGGAGUCCAAAGCUGUACCGGCUCCUAAUGCCAAUGCUGAGUUACUGUCAUCAAUACAGAAACGGCUAGGGCAGACUAACAAGACAAGCGUGAGUGAGACGUUCAAUCCUGAGGGAGAUUCUGGCAAUGGCUUCCGGAUUGAACCACUGAAGGGUAUCACUGCACAAAAUCCCUACCCAAUCUACACAAAUGGAGACAAUCACCCUAACGGAUCAAGCCAACUGAGAACACAAAGGUCCUAUGGCCAACGCGGGGCUGCCCAAUUGUCGAGAUUCUCAAACUCAAUGGCACCUACUAGAGAUGGAUCACAGUUUGGAAGUAUGAGAGACGCUAUAGUAAAUCAACGCUGGCUUGAAGAUGGUUCAGAGAAUUUCAAUUUGUCCCAAAGAUUGCUGGAGAAACCUAAUGGUUUUAGGAAAGAUGACCCCUCAUCCUCUAGCAAAGAUUCAAUAAUGGGCUAUGAUGGUGAGAAGAGAGGGAGGAUUCAAUACUCAGGACCAUUGAUUCCAGGAGAAGGAAACUUGGAUGAAAUGUUGAAAGAACAUGAAAGACAGAUCUUGUUGGCCGUACGACGAGCUCAAGCCGAUAAGGCUAAGAGAGACGAUAACCGACAGGCUCAAGCCUCGUUUCCAGCUAAUGGAAGGUGAUAUUUUGGGAGAUUUAUUCAUAAUGAGUUUCUUAGAGAAAGUAGUACAAUAAUAAACAAACUUUUUUGGAAAAUCUGAUGAUGGUUCUUCACCAUACUUGCCAUUUUUUGUUUGUUAGACUUUGUAUGGUUUAGAAGAAAGGUUUAGAUUUAGAAUCUUGGGUUGUAUAGUCAAAUUGCUAACAGUUUACAUGACUUAUAUUCUCCAUUCUUUUGAUAAUCUAAUAAAUCUCGAUUAAGUAA